AUGACAGAGGACAUAUUGAAAGAAUUGUUUAGGUUGGACCAAAAAGGGCUUCAUUGUUUACGUGACAAGGUGUAUCUAGAGCUUCAGGCAAUAAAAGAUACCAUGUUGUUUUUGGAAAAACGAGCCGCGAUCGAACAAGAGUAUGGAAAGCAAAUGCUUCAGCUAUCUCGAUCCAUGAAUGAUGUCUCACAGCAGCACUCUGGAACCUAUGGUAAUGCAUGGCAGCAAUCCCUGAAAGUGCAUGAGAUCAUUGGUGAACAGCGACUGCAUUUUGCGGACAACGUGAACCAUGUGGCAAACGAUUUACAGCUGUUACUUGACAAUAUGGAGGAAAAAAGCAAAGAGGUUGAGGAACUAGGAACCAAGCAUAGCCAACAGCUUGCCGAUGCUGAAGUUUUAUUACAGCUGAAUGAAAAGUUAGGUUCGCAGCAAAAGUCACAACAACAAAGAAAAUCCAGUAUCCAUCGCAUUCCACGAAAAGGGUUGUUCAGGCACAAUAGGGCACCAAUAGUAGAGCUUGGUAAAAUGGAAGAACCUCGAGCUCCCGCCAGCCAUUUAGAUCAUCCCCAGCAUCAAGCAUUGUUAAUGGGAUUGAAAGAUGUGAAUGAUGAAUGCUGUGCUGCGCUUCGAUACCAACUUGCUCGAUACGCUUAUGCAUUUGAGCAAGCGAUCGCUUCGGAUGGUUUAGCCCUUGAUGAUGACCAUGGCAUGGGUCUGAGAUCAUUGGCAGAACGAAUUGACAAGGAAUCGGAUCUUAUGGGAUUUAUUCAGAGCUACAACAAUCAAAAUGUGUCAAGGUUAAGAGGAGGGAGCGAUCUAUUUAGAUCCAAGCUUACAAGUGCUUCAUUAUCCGCUCCUGUCUUUGGUGUAGAUUUGAAGACCUUAGUUUCACGCAACGGAGGUGUUCCCAUAAUCUUAAUCAGGUGUGCGAGAGCUGUUGAAGAACAUGGUCUGGAUACCAUAGGGAUCUAUCGCAUUCCUGGCAUCAGCACUCAGGUGCAAAAGUUAAGGGCUGCUUUGAAUCAAGAUUGUGCUGGGCAUCACUUGUUGGAGAAUGAUUGCGUGCCAGAAGAAAUCAAUAAUGUGACCAGCGUUCUCAAACUUUGGUUGCGUGAGUUACCAGAUCCAUUGUUUCCUAGGUCACUUUAUCCAUAUUUUAUCGAUGCUGCAAAAUCCGAUGACGAGCAAUCGCGUGUUAAUGAUAUAUCCAUGAUGGUCCAUGAGUUACCGGAGGAGAAUUACAUGACAUUGGAAUAUCUCAUGAGGCAUUUGGAAAAAGUGCAACAACAUCAAAUGCACAACAAAAUGGAUGCAUCCAACCUUGCGACCAUAUUUGGAAUGACUUUGAUGGGAUAUGAAGAAGCAUCAUCCAAUGACCUUGAUCACUUACAAGAAGCUCAUUAUCAAAUGCAAGUAGUGCAGAUUAUUCUCGAAAACUAUCAUGUUAUCUUUGCAUCAGAUGAAUAA